UGUUAAAUAAGACUCUAUGUCCCUGUCUCUGUUCUUCUUCUUUGAAGAAAUUGGUUAGAAACAUUCUUUUCAUUUUACUCUUUCACUUCUACCAUCUUCACCUUCAAAUUUCAAAACCACUCUUCUUUAUAUCCACAUCUCAACUUGUUAACUAUUUUUAGGGUUCCUUUGAUUCUCAAUUGGAUUAAAAUUGGCUACUCAAUUGUUGCUGAAAACUCUAUCUAUUCAGGAAACAUAAGAUUCUUGGAGGUGAUUCACUGUGAUUUCUUUGUAGCAGAAGGUAAAGUACGCAGGACAUGGGCUGCAUUCUGUCGUCGCCAAAUGAUUCCGGUGGAAAUCGAAGGAAGCCGGGGAGUAUUGGAGAUGUUUCUGUCUAUGUUCCCGGUCUAAGAAUUCCUAAACCUGUUGAUUUUGCACAGUCACUUGGUGAUUAUUUGUCGAAGAGCACAGUGGAACGCUUAUCUGCUCUUAGAACUCGUAUAGUUGUAAUGGCUGGUCAAGAAGGUCCUACAGUUACAAGAACAAAAAGAAAAAGUGCAACACAACAUGGAGGUUCAACGUUGGCUGAUCUUCUACAGGCUCUGGAAGACUACUUACCGGUACUUUUGGGAUUAGUCGAUGAUGGAAGCAAUUUACAAUACAAAGUACAAUUUAUAUGGGUGAAUCAAGAGGAUGAAGCAGAGGAAACAGCCAUGUCUAAUGCUUGGUAUGAAGUGUUGUCAGUUUUGCACUUGAUGGCGACACUAUUGUUAUCACAGGCUAAUUUAUUACUUCUUCCAAGAACAUCCAACGAUGGUUCUCAGCCAAAAGUAUCGGAAGAAAAUAGACGAGCCUCUGUCGAUAUCUUCUUAAAGUCAGCUGGAUAUCUUGAUUGUGCUGUCAGACAUGUUCUUCCACAGUUGCCUGCUGAGAUCAGGAGAAAUUUACCAGUAGACCUUGCAGAAGGAGUUCUUCGAGCACUCUGUCUACAGACAUUGGGACAGGGUGUAGAUAUCCAACUUGGAAUGGCAAUUGAUAGCACCAAAGCCACUCUUGCGGUGAAGCGUAGACUUGCAUGUGAGAUGGUGAAAUAUUGGCAACAGGCUCAAGAUAAUAUUACGAACCUUCCGCUAGCAAAUGGUUGGGGUGAAAAACACCGUCUUUAUGUCAAAUGGAAGUAUAUUGAAUCAAAGGCUGCGGCAUAUUAUUAUCAUGGCUUGAUUCUUGACGAGGGAAAUACAGAAAAAUCUCAUGGAAUGGCUGUAGCUGCUCUGCAAGCAGCAGAUGAGUAUUUCAAAGAAAGUAAGAAGCUCUGUGAGGCAUUCAACGCAGCAGCUCCAUUGUCAAGAAAUCCACCACUUUGGGGGACCAUGAAAUACCUCUCUGAGAAAAUUCCCAAGGAUACUUCAAGCAAGGUUCGAAUAAACCGCGACCUGUACACUUACGAGAGAAUCAUGGAAACGGCACCGACAUUGCCCGAUUUUGCAUUGGCCUUGAAACCAGACGAUUAUCAGCUUCCACAAGUGAGUCCUUCAUGGAGAACAGAAAAUGUGAAAGGAGGACAAACUGGGUCCCCCAACAACAAUCUGAAGGGAUGAGAUGAUGAAAACUGUACAAAAGUGAGCAAUGUCAACUUAGCUUGAAGAAGAAGCAAAGGUGAUUUUUCAAUGCUUGUCAAUGUCAGCAUGAGUACCAAAUUCAUUAUUUCUGACUUUUCUUUCUUCAUGAAUCAUCUUCUUCCCAUUCUCUACAACAUUUGAGGAAACCAAAAAGUGUCUAUUGGAAAAAGUCUCAAGUUGUAUUCAAUGUACCUCAGAUCCUCCUCCAUUUGUUAAACCAAUUUGUAUAAGUUGGUGUGUAAAAUUGACUUGUGCUUUGCAUGGAAAGAAUGAUUUCCUUUUAAGUGUUAAAAUUUUUAAGAGUUUGAUAUGCAAAGGAAUCUAUUUAUGAUA